GGUUAUUUGGAAAAGGAAUGAUUUGCUGAGCAGAACAGCACAAGAUGACUUAUGAUUCCUGUUCUUCAUGGAAGCCUGUCUGGAUUCAUAUACUUUUUUUCUCCGUUGUCAAAAUUGAUGGAAGUACAGACAUGGAUUUAAGAGCUUUGAUGCUUUUGGAUGUUUAAUUCAGAUUUGGUAAAUGACAUGGAAUAAGAUACUGCCUGAACAAGCUGAAAUGCCUUGAAGACCUUUGGUUCUGCUUUCAUUCUUCCUGAAGCAAUGGUUUUCUCAGCAAUGUUGACACCAACUAAUUCUGGGACCUCAAAUGCUACUUUUAUUGUUUAUGAAAAUUCCUAUACGAAUUUUACCACUCCCCAGGUCUUACUUCGUAGUGGCACAACACAGCCACUGAGAUAUAGUUCAGGUGCUGUGCUCACCACUGAGAGAAGUACUUUCCUGGUACACACUACAGCUGUCCUGCCAUCACAAGAAGUUUUCAGGAGCUUGGGUUUGCCACUCCAGAUCAUACUUGCUGCUGCUAUGAUAUUUAUUGUGUUGGUUUCUUUCCUUGGAAACUUUGUUGUAUGCCUCAUGGUCUACCAGAAGGCAGCCAUGCGAUCUGCAAUUAACAUUCUCUUAGCAAGCCUGGCUUUUGCAGACAUGCUGCUGGCAGUGCUGAACAUGCCUUUUGCUCUGGUAACAAUCAUUACCACUCAUUGGAUUUUUGGGGAUAUCUUCUGCAGAGUCUCUGCCAUGUUUUUUUGGCUUUUUGUCAUAGAGGGGGUAGCAAUUCUUCUUAUCAUUAGCAUCGACCGAUUUCUUAUUAUAGUUCAGAGACAGGAUAAACUGACACCUUACCGCGCAAAGAUUCUCAUUGUGAUUUCCUGGGCAGCAUCCUUUGUUGUUGCUUUUCCAUUAUCAGUAGGGAAUCCUAAUCUGCAGAUACCCUCGAGAGCACCUCAGUGUGUUUUUGGCUACUCUACUAGCCCAGGCUACCAAGCAUAUGUGAUAAUUAUCUUGCUAAUCUUUUUUAUUCCAUUCCUGGUAAUGCUAUAUUCCUUUAUGGGCAUACUCAACACCGUCCGCCACAAUGCAGUUCGUAUCCAUAGCCACCCUGACAGCAUAUGCCUCAGCCAGGCCAGCAAACUUGGUCUCAUGAGCUUACAGAGACCUUUUCAGAUGAACAUUGAUAUGAGCUUUAAAACUCGUGCCUUCACCACCAUCUUGAUUUUGUUCCUUGUUUUCAUAGUGUGUUGGGCACCCUUCACCACUUACAGCCUUAUUGCCACAUUCAACAGCCACUUCUACUACAAGCACAACUUUUUUGAGAUAAGCACUUGGCUCCUCUGGCUCUGCUACCUCAAGUCUGCACUGAACCCACUGAUUUACUACUGGAGGAUUAAGAAGUUUCAUGAUGCAUGCUUAGACUUGAUGCCUAAAUACUUCAAGUUUUUGCCACAGCUACCUGGCCAUACAAGGCGGCGCAUUCGACCCAGUGCCAUCUAUGUGUGUGGAGAGCAUCGGUCAGUAGUGUAAAGCUGCUGUUGUAUGACAAUGAUUGUUACUGUUUGGGAUAACUUGUUUCCGGGCUUUUUGUUUUGUUUUGUUUCUAUAUGGCUUCUUCAUUGUGGCCAUAUCUUAUAACUUGAUAAAAUUUUCCAGUACUCUGUGCAAUUUUGAGAGGAAAGACAGAAGGAAGGUAAUUGGUUAUAGUUGGGUUUACUACCAGAAUACAAUGUAAAGAAAAUAACAAAUGUUACCUCUGGGAUUCCAUGGAAAUCCAUUCUUUUAAACAAAAAUUGCAUUUGUAACAUUUUGUCAGGCCUGUGCUUACGAGGCCUGCUGUUGCAUCUAAUUGUAGGGAUUUUUUAUGCUGCUAAGAUACAGUAUAUUUAGUUGGUGUAAUUUUUCUGAAAAAAUGUUGCUGCUGUCUGCCAAUAUAACGGAGCCAAAAAGUCUCAUUAGAUAACUUCUAUUUAAUUUUAACAAUAUUUCAGAAGUUUUGAUGUGAUGUUGUAGGACAGGUUUUUUUAAAAUAUUUCCAUUAAUGUUUUUGUGCACUUUAAAAAAAAAAAAGCUAUAGAUUUUUUCCAUUGGAAUAUUUUGUUCUGUACUGAAGGGGCGUUAUUGUUAUUAUUUGUUAUAUUGGUGAAUUUCAGUGAAAAUCCCAUGUAAGCUCUAGGAGGGCAAUUUAUGUUGUAGCUACAAUUACAAUCAUAGAUCUACUUUUUUUUUUUUCUAACAAUUGUUCAAAAGUAACAACUGCGCAGUUCUUGAGGGAGCUGGGAGGAAAAAACAGGAGACAGAGGGAGAGAAAGGAGUGGAAAUAUCAUAUCCUGAGGUCUAGGCUAAAAUGAGAUUUUGAAAAAAAGGAGUUCAUUUGAAAAUUGUCUGGGGGGAAAGAGGUAGGCUGUAGUUACUUUGGGUUGUUAGAAGCUACUCAAACCUAAUGAUACUCUUGAAAAGCUAUCAGGAGUUGACUUUGUGCUUACAGUUCACACUGUGUUGAAAUAGCACUGUUUCUGCGUGAAACUCACACAGGGCUAGGAAUGCUCCAUGCGGCUGAAAUCGUGUUGCCAGGUUAUGCAGAUAGAGUUUGGGAUAGCAGAAACCAUACCUGAGGCUAGGACCUAGUCUAUAAAGAAGGGAAGAAAGUCCUCAUUGCUUGUUUUUCAGUGUAAGUAUUGAACUGAAACCUAAUAAUAAUGAAUAACUGCUGGCCAGCAAAUUUUGCUAGUGCUAGAGUUAAAUUCCCAUAUUCCCAUUGAGGAUACUUUAUGCUGUUUUUUUUUUUCUUUUCCCCCUUUCCCUCCGUAGUGCCUGCUGCCUCAAGAGUUUACUGUAUUGUUCUCAUGCAUUAGGCAUCGGGUUCUCUCCCUGAAAUGCCAAACCGUGAUUCUGAUUAAUAUCAGGCUACCUUGGUACCUGCUUGGAAAGUAGGAAGACAGAUGUUUUCCUUGAUGAUAGCAGUCUAGGCUCACACUUUUUUUUUUUAAUCAACUAAAUAAAUAUUUAAUGAGAGGCAAGUAAAAUCAAGACUUAGAUUUGGCCUUUGAAGAGAGAUUUGCCAGUUGCUCUGAGUCUAGGAGUGGAUGCUUGAAGAUUUAAGGAGCAAAUAGCAAUUUUAUCUGUUGUUGCAUAAGUAUUGAACUAAUUGUAUGAACAAAAUGCCUUGUACAGUGUGGAUAUCCAGGGACUGCUUGCUUCCAGAGGCCAGCUAAACAUUUAUAGCACAGGUUUUGUUUUUCUUCAGUCAAGAACUAAUUUAACAAUGAUCUCCAUUCCCCUCAUUGACAAUUAUUGGCAAAACUGGUGGCAGUUUUUACAUUUUAGGAGAAUAAAAGGAAUCAUUCUGAAUUCUAGUGGUUUUUUUUGUUGUUUUUUUUACAUUAAAAAAAAAUCCUGCAAGUGGAGGUUGUGGAUUGUAAAGGAAUCCAGGUGAUGGUGAUGUUAUUGAUGUCUGCUUUCUAUUUUUUGUCAACUAACUAAUGGUACAGAUUUUUCCACUAAAAAUGAUAGUAAAGGAUUUCCCCUGCAGAACUGUAGAAGAAUGUUUUAUUAUGUCUGCAUUAUAGCUUUUAUUUCUCAGUUACAUUUACAUUGAUAGCAAAAGUUUAUGACCUGGGUUGUAUGGAUUUUCUGUUUCAGAGCUGCCAUCCCUGUUAUCUCUGUAAGCAGCAAAAUUGUGCUUAGAGCUAGUGUGAUACAGUGAGAGUAUACGCUAUCUAAGAUGGCAGGGACAAAUAUUUUUUGCUGUCUUCCAGAGCUUAUAAUGUGGGGCUUAAAUGAAUGUUGUAAAAUAUAGUAGUUCAAGAACGAAACAGGAUUGAGUAAUACAGGAAAGUUAGUGAAAGUACUUUCUUGAAGGAAAAGAAGAAAACAUUGUGGUGAGAUUUCAUAAUCUCUGAUAAGUGCUUGCUGUGAAUUAGAAAUUUCAAACAUCAAAGGAUGUUAAUUUGUUUGAAUGACCUGCUGUUUGUUUAUUCCUGCUAUACCAGGGUUUCUGCUCAAAGCUGGGUCUGCUGAUACUUGAAGAAAAGAAACCCUGAUAGUGUAGCCCAAAUUCAAAUAUGACUGAAGUGGUGAUGCAGUAUCCACACUUAGUAGACUUUAGAGAUGAUCAGAGCAUCCAAUAAACAGAAGGGUGUUCAAGAAAAGAAACAGCAUGGUAGAGAAGUAUCCCCAGGGUAAUUAUGUUUACAGAAUCAUUUGGCCUAUUGUGUCUAAUGGUCUUUAGAGCAGUGCCUUGACAAUUACAGCUAAAGUCCUAGGACCAACUUAAACACCACUUAAACUGCUCAGUCUUAUUGUUUGUGAUCUCGCCAAGAUAAAUUCAACUUUGUUGGUGUCUGUAAUGUUAAAACACAUAUGUGCUUGCAUGAUCAGGUCUGUUGAGGCAUUUUGGUGGACUUGAUCAAGAAGGAAUUUUAAAAACUGAAAUUGAAACUUCUUGAUUCUACUGGGAAAUUAUAGUCUUCUCCAAAAGUGAUGCUUAUUACUGAACUCUAUUCUUACAUUACAUUUUCAGAAAUAUUUGGUAUGGAGGAUUGAAAUGAAUGUAUUUUCAGUUAUGUUUCAGUUUAAUUAAUUCUGCCAAAGCAUGCUGCUUACAUGAGACUCAUUUGUUGAAAUCUGUUGCUAAAAUGAUUCUUUUGUACUCAGUUGUGUAUUUUUGGCAUUUGUUACUCAUGUAAGGAUAUGUAUAUAGAGAAGAAAAUUGUUUCGCCUCUUACUGCUUUCUGUUCUUUUCUUAUUUUGUAUACAGAAUGCUUUUAUCUUUUAAAUUUGGGCAUAUGCAUAGACAUCUGCAAGAUUUCAGUGGUCUUUCUGUAACCAGUUGAGACUUUUAAUUCUCAAACCAUUCUCAGUACCCUCCUUGAAAGAGAUUUUGAAUUAUUUUUAAGUGAAAAAUAAACAUUAAGAGCACAAGCUUGUUGCGGUUGGAAUGGUGAAGAAUUUCUUAGGUCCAGUUUUCUAGGAGCCACUACUUUGACAUUAUGAACUGGUUUGAUCUUUUUUUGAGUAGUCAUUUUCUGAUACGAAGAAAUCUUGAAUUACUGUUUGUAAUGAACCUGUUAAAUGGAAUGGUGUUGUCUUUUCUGUACAUACUACACCUGUGAACAUACCUGAAGGGAAAAAAAAAAAUAAAAAGGAAAAAACAAAUAUGAACUGUCAAAAAAAAAAUAAAAUGGCAAGAGUCAAUACAAUUGCUGUGAAUGUGUGCAUUCACAGGCUAAGUAAAAGUUGCCUUCAGUUUAAUGCCCAGUUUUCUAGAUUCAAACUCCUUAUUUUGUUUGUAAGUUAAAUCACAGUAUAAGCUUGCUUUUCUGAAUUUCAUUUUAAAACAAAAUGUUUUUUUUUGUGUGUGUGUAUAAAAAAAAAAAAGUUACAGAAUGUUCUCUUAUAAGAAAGUGGAAAUGUCAAUAUAUCCAAAAUAAUAGAAGUACUGUAGAGUAAAAGAGAAGCUGAAGAUGUAAGAAGAAAAUAACCUUCCAAAAGAUACUGACUGAACUGGGUGUGCUACCAUAUAGCUUGGAUGAAGUAAUAAAAAUUAUCUUAUUUUGCAAUAAAUGAAACAAACAGUGA